CAGGCGAGGUCUAUAUAAUGUAGGCAGGGCACAUCGACAGUCAACUCGAGCUCGGGAUAACACGACACAAUGAACAAGGCCAUUUUGAUUGCGUUUAUCAUCGUUGUGAUAUGUGCUGUCUCGUAUGCACACCACAAACACCACGGACAUCGCCAUGGUCAUAAACAUCAUCACAAACACCAUCACAAACAUCAUGGCCAUAAACAUCACCGACACGGUCACCAUGGCCACCAUCGCCAUGGCCACAGCCAUCGUCAUCACCAUGGACAUGGCCACGGACACGGUCACGGUCAUAAACAUCACUCUCAUGAUCAUCAUCACCACCACCAUCACCAUAGCAGCAGCGGCAGUAGUGGUAGCAGCGGUAGUAGCGGUAGUAGCAGCGGCAGUAGCGGCAGUAGCGGGGACGACAGCGAGAGCAGCAGCAGCUACAGGUAAUUUCAGCAGCAGUGAUGAGGGCAGCAGUUACAGCGGCGACAGCGGCAGCAGUGGCAGCAGUUACAGUGGCGACAGCGGCAGCAGUGGCAGCAGCUACAGUGGCGACAGCGGCAGCAGUGGCAGCAGUUACUCCAGUGAAGGCAGCGACAGUGGCUACGAAUCUGGAUCAAGUUCUUAUGGUUCCUCUUCAGGCUCAUCAGGUUCAUCCGGCUCAUCAGGAUCGUCCGGCUCUUCUGAUUACGUCAUUUAUGAUGACUAG